AUGGCUAAGACUUGUUCAAUCCCAGCAUAUUUCAUUGUUUUUUUCAUCAUAAGCCCAUUAAUAUCAAUCGUGGGAAAGCUAAGCCCAUGGACCAAUCCACUCCCUCCUGAAAUUUUUUCUCUAGACAUUGCCAAUAAGCUUCGCGUAGAUCUUGACGCUAUUAAAACAGCCUCCACUGACUUUGGCAAUCUGGUUCAUGUAACUCCAGCUGCUGUUCUUCGUCCUUCCUCCAUUAACGACAUAGUUGACCUCAUAAAAUUCUCUCACAGCCAUUCAGUCCCUUUCGGUGUAGCCGCUAGAGGUCAUGGCCAUUCAUCUAGAGGUCAAGCCAUGGCUGAUAAUGGGGUGGUGGUGGAUAUGAGUUCUUUGAAUAAUAAUGGUGGUUGUGAUGGAAUUAGGGUUUCUUGGAGCCCUGCAUUAGGGUUUUAUGCAGAUGUUGGAGGAGAGAAGCUUUGGAUCGAUGUGUUGAGUGAUACACUUGAGCAUGGACUUGCACCAGUAUCAUGGACGGAUUAUCUGUACCUCAGUGUUGGAGGAACUCUCUCUAAUGCUGGGAUUAGUGGCCAGUCAUUUCGUUAUGGUCCUCAGAUCAGCAAUGUACAUGAAAUGGAUAUUAUUACUGGGGAAUAUAAUGUUGACAUUCACAGGUUCUGGUUGGUGACGUCUCUCUCCCACUUGGGAGAUCUUCUUGGAACGGGGGAGCUUGUGACUUGUUCCAAACAGUGGAACUCUGAGUUGUUUUUUGCAGUUCUAGGAGGACUUGGUCAGUUUGGAAUCAUAACUAGAGCAAGAAUUGUGCUGGAUAAGGCACCAAACAGAGUGAAAUGGGUCAGAUUGCUUUACAGUGAUUUCUCUACCUUCACGAGAGACCAAGAAAAGCUGAUCUCAACAACUGCACUGGAGUAUUUGGAAGGUUCUCUUAUAAUGCAGCAGAGUCCUCCAAAUAACUGGAGAUCUUCUUUUUUCUCAUUGUCUGAUCAAUCAAGAAUUGCUUCUCUACUGUCGCAACAUGGCAUCAUCUACUGUUUAGAAGUAGUCAAGUACUAUGAGCAUCUCAGCAUCGACACUGUGGACGAGGAACUUCAAGUGUUGCUCCAAGGGUUGAACUUUCUUCCUGGUUUGAUGUUCAAGAAAGAUGUCCCCUUUGUAGAUUUUCUCAACAGAGUUCGAAGUGGAGAAUUGAAGCUUCAAUCAAAAGGACUAUGGGAUGUUCCUCAUCCAUGGCUAAAUCUCUUAGUACCAAAAUCUCAUAUUAUGGAUUUCAAUGAGGCUGUUUUUGUCAACAUAAUCCACAGGCAAAACAAGACCACUGGACCCAUCCUUGUCUACCCAACUACCGGAAAAAAGUGGGAUGAUAGGAUGUCUGCAGUUAUACCAGAUGAGGAUACAUUCUACUGCGUAGGGUUCUUGCGCUCAACUGGGUUCAAUGACUGGGAGGUCUUGGAUGAUCAGAACAAAGAAAUAUUACAAGUUUGUGAGAAAUCUGGCAUUAAGAUGAAGCAGUAUCUUCCACACUACAAAACCAAGGAAGGCUGGAUGAACCAUUUUGGCUCGAAAUGGAACACAUUUCAAGAUAGGAAAUCUCAGUUUGAUCCCAAAAUGAUAUUGUCUCCUGGGCAAGGAAUUUUCAAUUCUGUUUAG